UCUAAGCUCAAGACUUCAAGGUGCCCCUUACCAUUUUUUUGGGUAAUAAUGUGGCCUGUGCACUUACCUUAGGUACUCUAAGACGAACCCUUGUCAUAGCGAAUUCAGAUUGGCUGGGGAUUUUAGGUGGCAAUUAAUUACCUAAUAUAUGGAAGAUCCAUCUUUGCGACUAGACAAACAAUAAAUCCAUCCACUUCAACUUUGCAUCACUAAUCUACAAUAUUCUAUCGCUCUCCCCAACGUUUGCAUCGCCCAAGUCGCCAACAUGUCGUUGCAACUAAAAAAAUCUUACCAUCCUGCCCUCCUCCGAAAUCAGCGACGUGUUUACGAGGAGGAGCAAAAGGCUUUAGAAGAGCGCAAGAAGACCGAAGCUCGCAUCCAAGAGAUUAAGGAAGAGCGCGCCAAAGAAGAACUCCAAAAGCAACUUGCUAUCUCCGGAGGCCGUAAAGUUGUUGAUCGCGUCGAUUGGAUGUACCAGGGCCCUAGCGAUGGCCAAAAUGGUACUUCUGAAGAGCUCGAGGGCUAUCUACUUGGAAAGCGACGCAUCGACAACAUUCUAACUAAGGGGUCCGAUCAUGAAAAUCUCAAGAAGACUGCAGGCCCAGAGAGUUUCAUGGCCCUACAGAAUGCGAAUACGGAAAGAGAUACCGCGUUAAAAAUUCGAGAAGAUCCUCUUUUAGCCAUUAAGAAGCAAGAACAGGCGGCAUACGAAGCUAUGAUGAACGAUCCUAUUAAGAGAAGACAACUACUCGCAUCGAUGGGACAAGCAGAUGAGAAACAUUCAUCGCACAAGAAGGAGGAGAGACACUCAAGACGGCAUAGGCAUAGAUCGCAUUCCAGAGAACAUCGCCACCGCCGACAUCAUCGAUCCGACUCGAGGGAAAGAGAUGAAUCAAGGGAACGACGGCACAGGCGUCGCCGGGCUGAUUCGAAGGAUAGGUCCGAAAGUAGAGAUCGCCACAGUUUAAGGAAAGAGAAAGAACGCUAUGCCGAGCGACCUGAGCGGAGGGAAUCAGACUCAAGGGGUGAAUACCGAGAUAACGAUAGAUCACACAGAGGUCGAUCAAGAAGUCCGCAUCGUGGCGAUACUAAGGACGACGGAUAUCGCCGACGGCGAGAAUAUUCUGAGGAACGAACGCGAGACCGGCGACGGUAUUCGAACGAUCGGAAUGAUAGUGACCGCCGUGAUUACCGCGAUCGACGGCCACACAAAGAUGGACCCAGCAAUAAUCGCUAUAAUAAGGUCGCCGGUACCGACAGCUCCGCAGAAUCAGCCGCAGAAGAGCGAGCUCGCAAGCUUGCAGCUAUGCAAGAGGCAGCAUCUGAACUCGAUCAAGACCGGGAGAAGCGCUUAGCAGCACUCGCAGAAAAGGAGCGUCAAGAACGAGAAGCUGACGACAAAGCGCGGGAGAAGUCUGGGAAGUACGGAGACAGGGAAUUCGUAAACGGUUUACGGAGACAGGUUAUUUCUUGAGAGAAAAGAAACCAUUACUGCAAGACUGGUAAGGUGCCAUCGACCUAAAUCAGUGAUACAGGGGAUUUUGUCAGGCUUUAUAGCCUCUACAGGGAUAGCUAUUGCUCAAUUACGAAGGCAGUUCCCGCAGGCUUACCGUUGGUAAGCGUCGUUAUUCCGAGAUUAUGACGACGAGUCGUUUUGUGACUUGGGACGGGUGCGAGCAUGUCUUUCAAGUCUGAUUUCGAGUAUUUUAUCGCUCGAUGGAGUGAUUUGGAAUGAUUACGCGGGUUACUGAAAACUCCGUCUAAUAGAAAGCAACAUCUAUAAUCAAAUGAUGUUGAAAUGAAGUAGUACGGCGAGAUAUAAGCGCGAGCUUCUAAUCAAACGACUAUUUUAUACCACCGACCUCUUAGGAUGAAUUUAAAUAUAACUUUCGAAUCAAAACUCUGGAAUUGUCAAAACGAUUUGG